ACAUCUUCGCCACACCAACGACAUGAGCAUUUCCAACCACCAGCUACAUCGUCUCUCUCACUAAAACAUCUCUCUACCUAUACAUACACAAAUACAUACAUAUUAAGAAUCUAGAUUUCACUUGGAUUUUCUGCGGGGACGUAUAGCUACGGAUGUAGUGUAGCUUGAGAAUCUCAAUUUUGCUUGUAUGAAUCUCUGAGCUCGCUGCAACAAUGGCGUCUCCGACUUCUCUGCAUUCUCCAAAUUUCCUGCAACCGCCGCUACACUCCCCUCAAUUCCGCCUAAUCCUGGCUGGAAUUUCGCUAUCGCAGUCGAAGCAGGAUUUUUCUCGCAAAUUGUUGUUGUGGCAGCAGCAGCAGCAGCCUCGGAGGAGCUGGGAUCCCCUGCGCCACGUCGGAGCUAAGGAAGUUGUGAUUAAGUGUUUGACGGAACCGGCCGAGGAGAGAGAAAGUUCAGGUGAAGCUGUGUUGGAUAAGGACGGGGAUGAUGAGGAGGUGAAUAUUGGUCAGGAUUUCCCCAACGGCGCUGCUGUUACGCAGAGGAUCUCGGAUUCUAUCUCCCUUGGGAUUCGCGAGCCAGUGUAUGAGGUUGUGGAAGUGAAGUCUAAUGGGAUCGUCUCCACACGGAAAAUUAAUCGGAGACACUUGUUAAAAUCAAGUGGUCUCCGACCUCGAGAUAUUAGGAGUGUUGAUCCAUCGUUGUGGCUAACCAAUACAAUGCCUUCAAUAUUGGUACGGGAAUAUGCACUUUUGCUGAACUUGGGAUCAUUACGGGCAAUUGCAAUGCAAGAAUGUGUUUUUAUAUUCAACUAUAACAGGAGAGCAGGAAAAGCAUUUAUUGAUGCAUUGUUACCCCGCUUAAACCCGAAGAACAUGACUGGAGGCCCCUCAAUGCCUUUUGUGCUUGAGGUAGUUGAGGCAGCACUAUUUUCUCGAAUACAGCGCCUGGAACAGAGAUUAAUGGAUUUAGAACCACGUGUCCAAGAUUUGCUUGAGGUUCUUCCUAAUCGAUUGACUGCCAACAUAUUGGAGGAACUUCGAAUUAGCAAACAAACACUAGUGGAAUUGGGCUCAAAGGCUGGGGCUUUGAAGCAAAUGUUGCUUGAUAUCCUUGAGGAUACCCAUGAAAUACGGAGAAUAUGUAUUAUGGGAAGAAACUGCACUCUGACAAAAACUGAUGAGAUGGAAUGCUCGGUUCCCUUGGAGAAGGAGAUAGCCGAGGAAGAGGAGGAAGAGAUUGAAAUGCUUUUGGAAAACUAUCUCCAAAGAUGUGAAUCUUGUCAUGGUCAAGCAGAGAGGCUUCUUGAUUCAGCAAAGGAAAUGGAAGAUUCAAUUGCAGUUAACCUGAGCUCUCGGAGACUUGAAGUAAGUAGAGUGGAGCUUCUCCUUCAAGUCGGGGCAUUAUGUGUUGGAGUUGGUGCCCUAGUUGCAGGUAUAUUCGGCAUGAACCUGAGAUCUUAUCUCGAGGAACGUGUGUUCGCCUUUUGGCUAACAACAGCAGCAAUUUUCGUGGGUGCUCUGCUUGGAUUCUUUCUCAUGUAUGCAUACCUCAGGCAAAAGAAGAUUUUGUAAUCAUCAGAGAACGCCGGCUUGGUACCUUCUUCAACUUCUAACAUAUCAGCCGCAAACGCAAUUUUGGUUACACUUACAUGAUUGGGGGACACAUGCAAAAGGUCAUAUGAAGGUGUUGGUAUUUAUACUGUAAACGAGCCCCCGCGGUUCUCAGUUGCUUAUGCCAUGCGACGCUGCAUCCUCCCAGGGCGACUCGACUGGAGGCAUAUGUAACGUUAUCGUGUGAAGCAUGAGGCUAAUGAAUGUAAUGAACAAGAGAAUUCUGACUAGUUCAUUGUUGUAGGUGGUGGUGGAGGUGGUGUGUGGCUAUUUAUCCCACCUAUUUGAAGGCAAGGUCGAAGUCCAGCAUGAUUGCUUCCUCAUAUUCGAGGGCAGAUAUUUACCUCGUAGCUAAAUAAUUAGUGAUGAUUGGUGCACAUUAAAUCCAUUUAUUUAUCUACUUUUUGGUGACUUGAACGAA